AAUCCACGAGAAAGUACCUUAGAGGACACGUUGAAGUCGUUGUCACAGAUUUUCGGUGAGCGGUCAUCACUGUUCAAUACUCGAUUCCAGUGCCUCCAACUGUACAAACGGGAAUCCGACGAUUUCGUCACGAAUUCCAGCAUUGGUAAUCGCGAGUUUGGGUGUCUUCAACUCGGCUCUCUCACAGAAGACCAGUUUAAAUGCCUCAUAUGCAUUUGUGGCCUCCAGAUCCUCAAGGAUUUGGAUAUCCGGUUUGACAUCCAUUACCGUCGCACUAUUAACUUUGGUCAGGCUGACGUCCUUUCCCGCCUCAUCUGCAAUCAUCAGGAACCUGAGAAAUAUACCGUGAUGAUUGCCAUUUCGAUUGAUGACAAUGUAGGCCGUCAGCUUUCGGACGCCAUGCUAGGCAUACCUUUAACUGCCGCCGACAUUCACUGCGCUACCGAACAAUAUCCCGUUCUUCGCCAAGCUAGCACCUAUGUGCAAACCAGUUGGCUAACCACUGCUCUCACUGGCGAUCUUCACCAGCUUUUCCUGCGUCGAGCGUCGCUGUCUUUGGUUGAUUCCUGUCUCAUGUUUGUAUUCCGCAUGUUUGAUUCCUCCUUCACUUCGACCUUUUGUGCUACGCCAGUUUCAUGCUGCUCAUCCUGA